AUGGCGGCCAAGUCGGAUGGCGGCGGCGGCGGCGGCGGCGGCGGCGGCGGCGGCUUCGCCCAGCUGCACAACCUGGACGAGGCGGCGGCGGCCACGGGCGGCGGCGUCGGGGCAGCGGCGGCCGAGGUGGCGGAGGAGCCGGGCGCAAGCAGCUCCUUGCACAUCUGCCACUGCUGCAACACGUCGUCUUGCUACUGGGGCUGCCGGAGCGCCUGCCUGCGGAACCUCUUCGGGCGGGCCGCCGCCACCGCCGCCGCCGAGCCGCUGGCCCCGCGCCCCCCCGCCGCCGCCGCCGCCGAAGGGCCGCCGGAGGGCGGCGAGGCGGCCGAGCGGCCGUGGCUGGACUGCCUGUGGAUCGUGCUGGCGCUGCUGGUGCUGCUGGGGGAUGUGGGCACGGACCUGUGGCUGGCGCUGCACCACUACGGCCGGCGGGACUACGUGUGGUGCGGCCUCACCCUGGCCUUCGUGCUGCUGCCCUCGGUGCUGGUGCAGAUCCUGAGCUUCCGCUGGUUCGUGCAGGACUACACGGGCGGCGGGCUGGGCGCCGUGCAGGGGCUCAGCAGCCGCGGGCCGCCCAUGAUGGGGGGGACCGCGGGCCGGCGUGGGGGACCCGCCGGCGGGGUAGGAGGAGCCGGCGGCACCGCCACCCCCGGGGCGCAGCGCCUCUGCAGGAUCUCCGUCUGGGUCUGGCAGUCCGUCAUCCACCUGCUGCAGAUGGGGCAGGUCUGGAGGUAUAUCCGAACUAUGUACCUGGGGAUCCAGAGUCAGAGGCGGAAGGAACACCAGCGGCGUUUCUACUGGGCUAUGAUGUACGAAUAUGCAGACGUAAACAUGCUGCGCCUCCUGGAAACCUUCCUCGAGAGCGCCCCUCAACUGGUGCUACAGCUCUGCAUAAUGAUCCAAAAGAACCGUGCAGAAACAUUACCAUGUGUGUCCUCUGUGGCCUCCCUGAUGUCCCUGGCUUGGGUGCUAGCCUCCUAUCACAAGCUUCUUCGGGACUCUAGGGACGACAAGAAGAGUAUGAGCUACAGAGGGGCCCUCAUCCAUCUCUUCUGGCGCCUCUUCACCAUCUCAUCCCGAGUUAUUUCUUUUGCUCUCUUUGCUUCCAUCUUCCAGCUCUACUUUGGGAUCUUUGUAGUGGUCCAUUGGUGUGCCAUGGCUUUCUGGAUCAUCCAUGGUGGGACAGAUUUCUGCAUGUCUAAGUGGGAGGAGAUCCUCUUCAACAUGGUGGUAGGGAUUGUGUACAUUUUCUGCUGGUUUAAUGUCAAGGAAGGGCGGACUCGAUACCGAAUGUUUGCGUAUUACACGGUGGUCCUGACGGAGAACGCUGCCUUGACGCUCCUUUGGUAUUUUUACAGAGAUCCUGACACCACUGACUCCUAUGCCGUGCCAGCACUGUGUUGUGUCUUUCUUAGCUUUGCUGCUGGGAUAGCUUUGAUGCUGUUAUAUUAUGGUGUGCUGCAUCCCAUGGGGCCAAGAGCUAAGAUCUUUGCCAGCUCCUGUUGCGCCGAGCUGCUCUGGGGCAUUCCUCUGCCCCCCGAUGUUGAGCCCAUGGCGCCCCAAACCCCUGGGUACCGGGGGGCCCAGGCUACGCCCACCAGAGCGGUCACGGAGCAACAGGAGGAACUCACAGCUGACACUUGCUUGCCCGUUUUCCAGGUGAGAGCAAUGGUACCAUCUACUCCAUCUGGGCGACCCUACCCCCCUGAGGGGCCUCUCAUUAAGAUUGACAUCCCAAGAAAAAGAUAUCCUGCCUGGGAUGCUCAUUUUGUAGACAGGAGGUUAAGAAGAACUAUCAACAUCCUCCAAUAUGUCACCCCCACAGCUGUAGGUAUUAGAUAUAGAGAUGGACCUCUCUUAUAUGAGUUGCUACAAUAUGAAUCUUCACUUUAAAGCUCCUUAAAGCAAAAGUAAAAGAGGGGACCUUAUUUUUGUUUACGGUAAACACAGAUCAUGAAACAAACACAAACCUUCAGAUAAGCUUUCUUUCUGGUUGCUGUAUGUAUAAAAAAAAAAAGAUAUUCUCUAUGUUUUGUAAGUAAAAACAAAAAGAAAAACUUUUCUUUUGUUUUUUACACACAAGAAACAGUAUUUCAACUUCCACACCUAGGAUUCACAGGUGGAGAAGGAGGCAUCUCCACAUCAGUUUUAUACCGUACACCAAGUGUAGAACAUUAUUUAUGGGAUUGGUGCUGAUUGAAAAAUAAAAAAAAAAAACAAACAAACAAACCUACAACUGCCUUAUGCCCUUAGGUGCUGAGUUUCAUUAAGUACUGUCACCUUUCUCAUGCAAAACUCUUUGAUGAUUAUAUGCCAGGAAAAAAAAAAAAAAAAUAAAACAAACCAUCCAACUGAAAUGCAAACCUUAAAGUUAAAAAAAAAACAACAAAAAAGAGAGAAAUGUAUGAAAAAAAUCAAAUCCUGUUGCUCUUUUUGGAUUUAGAAGUAAAUCCCUCCAAAUGUCUAAAGAUAAGAAAACAAAGAUAAGAAAGUAAAGCCAAGACAACCCCAAUGGAGUUUGAUUUUUCCAACAGCUGAAAGACAAAAUCAGGUCUGUAAGACAAUUUGGCAAGGAAUUUAUAACACCAUUGGGCCAAGCCUUGACCGAGUUGUGUUAUAAAGGUGACCCCACCCUGGAGCCAUUUUCCUUGUGGAAAUGGACCCUGUACAAAGGUGGGAUUGUACCAGAUCAGUGUGAAAAUACAGGAUCUGAUCUUGUCCCCAACAACUACUCAUGCUAAAGCCCCACUGUCUCCAGUGGAGCAAAUACCAACAGUCUGAGCCCAGAAUAAGGCCUGCCACCUUGAUUUCUGGAAAAUGAAAAAUUAUCGAAAUUACAAACCAAAAAUAUG